AUUAUGGGGGACUUUUAUUUUAAAUUUGGAUCAUUAAUUUCCAAAAAGAUUUAAAGCAUGUAGUGAGUUGAGCAAAUGGUUUUUAUUGGUUUUAAUUGUAAUAAAUUAAAAGUAAUACAGCCCCCCCCCCCCUCCGUGGCACAGCGGCAUGUGUGCGAACUUGCAACCCUAGAAAUCGGUUUUGAUACAAGUGAUGGGCAGCGCACAGAUAGCCGAUUGUGUAGUUUUGUGCUUAACUUCAAACAAAAUAAUACAUCUGGGUUAUCAUAAUUUAAAUUAUAAUAAGUUUAGUGGGAAUAAUUUUAACAAUAAUGGUGUUAUGGAAGACCAUGAUGUUUCAGUUGAUCAGUCUUUUUUAACUUUAGUCUUCCAAGCAGUUGUUGUGUUACUGAUGACAAGCAGGCUCUCGUAACUGAGACUUGGAACCCAAGACCCUAGGCUUGCACUUAUUCUUUGAGGUUGAUGCUCUCAUUAUAUUAACUCGUCCCAUCCAACUUCCACCACUUGAGUUGAUCCAAAAAUGGAGCUGUAUUAUGAUCAUUGAACUGGAAGAUAGAAAUAUUAUUUAAAUCAGAGGUGAAAUCAUAGAAAAAUGCUGAAUUAAAUCGUGGAUAUAAUUGAUGUUUCUCUAGUUGUCUUCAUCAUAUCUACAUUUACUAGCAAUGCAGGCUAUAAGUAGGUAAAAAUUAUGAAAACAUUCUUUGUGGAACCAUUUGUUUUUCUUUUCAUGUUUGGUGUCAGCAUUAAAUCAGUAACUUUUCAAGACUUGUUACUGUUAAAGACAUGUACAGACCUGAAUGUAACAACAUGUGCAAAUCUGAGGAAUGAUAGCAUCCAUGAAGCUGCUGUACAAAGAAUGGCCAACAACUAUCAAAUGCUAGGAAUAGCAAUAGCAACCAUACCCAGUGCCAUUGUAACCAUCAUGUUGGGACCUUGGAGUGACAGACAUGGUCGUAAAAUUCCCAUGAUAUUACCAUUGUUUGGAAUGAUAAUAGAAAACAUUCUGUGUAUAUUUCUAGUACGUUGUUAUCAAAUUCCCUCUGUAUAUAUUUUGCUGGCUUAUUUUAGUGGAGGUAUACUUGGUGGAUUCAGUUGUGUCAUUACUGGUAUUUACAGCUAUGUUUCUGAUGUUUCAUCUUCAAACUCUCGAACAUUUAGAUAUGGUGUUGCAGAUUUGUUUUUCGCCUUGGGACUUCCUACUGGAACUUUAACUGGUGGACAGAUCUUCAAGUACUGGGGUUAUAGUGCUGUUUUUGGAACUUCUGCUGUCAUUUUACUCCUUGCUAUUUUGUAUAUUUGGCUAUUCUUAGGAGAUUCUUUGUUGUUAGAUAAUAAAUCAAGCUUUAAAAGGAAGAUUUUGGACAUUUUUAAUGUAUCUGACUGGAAAGAAAGCAUUUACUCUUGUCUGAAAAAGCGACCUGGUAAUGCACGUGCACGAAUCCUGUUACUAGUCAUUUCAAUGUGUUUUAUUGUAGUUUCCUACAUUGGAAACUCAACAAUUGGGUAUCUGUAUGCUCAAAGGAUGUAUAACUGGGAUGUCACUAUGUACUCCAAUGUGUCGACAAUCUUUACCAUUCUUAGUGUGGUUAUAAUGACUGGAAUACUCCCACUUCUAACAAAAGUUUUUGUGGUAAAAGAUGCUGUUCUUGGGAUACUUGGACUAACUUCUUAUAUCGGUCAAAGUUUAGGAAGAGCAUUUGCUUUUCAAGAAUGGACUUAUUAUGCUGCAUCAGCUUUUGGCACAUUAAAUGGAGCAGCACCCGUAGCAGUUCGAGCCUCACUAUCCAAAUCAAUUCAUAACAAUGAAAUAGGAAAAGUAUUCUCUUUUCUGGCUGUUUGUGAAGCUGUAACUCCAAUUGUGGCUGGAGUGGUCUUUUCCCAAGUUUACAACUGUUCACUUGGCAUCUUCUUGGGAAUUGUGUACCUGAUGUCUAUAGCUUGGCUACUAGUUCCUCUUGCAGUUUUCUUGUGGCUACUGUGUCAAGAACCAGUGAAAAUUGAGUAUGAACCAAUAAAUACCAGUUCAGACAUAGUUGUUGAAUAAUGUACAAGAAACUACGUAAUAUAAUGAGAAAAAAAUGAUGUUAUUGACUUUUCAAGUGUUCAUAAAAAUUGUAAGGGAUUAUUUUUUGUUAGAUCUUAAGAAGCAGUUCUAGUUUUUGAAAAAUAUAAAGGCUUUAAACAAAUGCAGAAAGAUAAUUAUUGUAAAUUGCAAAGAAAUAAUUACGUGUCAUGAAAGUUACUGAAAUAAAGAAAAAUGUUAUAGGUACCAGGCCUAACUUUAGUAGGCAAUUGCCUAGGGUGGCAAAAUGAAAAAAAUAUUUUACAAUAAUCUUUGUUUCAAGAGAAUCAACUAUAUUGCACUUACUUUACAUUCUUUGCCAUCUUUUACUGACCUGUAAACUGUUCAUAAGCACAGGUAUUAUAAGAUAGUUCAAAUAUUAAACCAGCUUCUACUAAAUUUAAGAAAGUUAAAGAAGUACUUUACACUUUUCAAGUUAAAAAAAAAUAAAGAAAAAUUAAUAUGCCUACAUAAAUAAAUGUUUACUAUAGGUUGUGACUGUGUUUCUAAUGUUACAUAUAUAUAUGUUUAUUCAUAAUAAUAGCACACAGAUACUGCUGGAAACAGCAUUUUAAAAUUGUGCUUAAGAUAGCAAAAUACAUAGAGCUGGCUCUUGCGAGUAGUAGUUUUUUUU